AAUGUUGUCACAAAAUUAUGAAGCAGAAGAUGAAGACAUCAUGCAGUGCUCUUCAGGAGAAAAUCGUAAUGUACAUCCAGGACUUCACAGUACAGACCUAUCAUAUAAUCCCCCUGUUCAUGAGGAAUCAUCUGACCAAUCACAGUUUGCUACCACAAGUGCUGGUCAGAAAGGGGGUGAAAGGUUUCAAAAGAUCACAAAAAGAUCAAUUCUUUCUACAGACAGAAGAAUUCGCACACCGCAGAAGCUGAUUUCAUGUCCAAAAUGUGGGAAAUAUUUUCCAUAUAAAUCAGCGCUUGUUCGACAUGAGAGAAGUCACACAAGAGAGAAGCCAUAUUCAUGUUCAGAACGUGGGAAACGGUUUACACUUAGAAAAACUCUUGUUAAACAUACGCUACGUCACACAGGAGAGAAGCCGUAUUCAUGUUCAGAAUGUGGGAAAUGUUAUAGUGAUAUCUCAACUCUUAAUAGACAUAAGAAAAUUCAUACAGGAGAGAAACCGUAUUCAUGUUCAAAAUGUUGGAAAUGUUUUACACAGAAAGCAAAUCUUGAGUCACAUGAGAGAAUUCACACAGGAGAGAAGCCGUAUUCAUGUUCAGAAUGUGGGAAAUGUUUUACACAGACUUCAAGUCUUAGUGCACAUCAGAGAAGACACAGAGGAGAGAAGCCGUAUUCAUGUUCAGAAUGUGGAAAAUGUUUUUCAGACAAAUACAAUCUUUUUACACAUAAGAGAAGUCACGGAGAGAAGCCGUAUUCAUGUUCAGAAUGUGGGAAACGUUUUACACUUAGACAAAGUCUUGUUAAACAUGCGCUAUUUCACACAGUAGAGAAGUCGAAUUCAUGUUCAGAAUGUGGGAAAUAUUUUACAGAUAAAUCGGAGCUUGUUAGACAUGAGAGAUGUCACAAAGGAGAAAAGCCGUAUUCAUGUUUAGAAUGUGGGAAAUGUUUUGCAAAGAAACUCUAUCUUAAUAGACAUGUGAAACUUCAUACAGGAAAGAAGCCGUAUUCAUGUUCAGAAUGUGAGCAAUGUUUUACGCAAAAAUCAGAUCUUGAUAGUCAUGAGAGAAGUCACAGAAGAAUAAGGAUACGAUCACAAUUCCAGAAUUUAGACUUUGAUUUCGAUUCCAAUUAACACCUUAACGACCCUGUACGAUAAUGCUCGUCCUAACUUGCAGGUACUAAGAUUAACGCGCUGCCCCACAUGCCCUGCUGUGCCAGCAUCGGUGAAAACAGCGAUACCGGCGGAUUAACCCCCUUUAUGCCGCGGUCACGCUGACUGCGGCAUACAGGGGGUUUGCGGCAGCUUGUACAUCCCCUUCAGGUUCCCGUGCUGGGGUGACGGGGACCCGAUGGUUGCUAUGGCAGCCCCGAUGCCUUGAACAGGCAUCAGGACUGCCAGCUACGGAAGCCCAAGAGAUCCAGCCCCAGGGCUGGGUCUCCUAGGCAACUGUAAGCAUCUUAAAGUGUAAGACACUGACCGUUCAAUAUAGCACAGUAUAGAUGUAUUGUGCUGUAUUGAAACAGGGAUCAGACCCUGAAAUGUUGAAGUCUCAUAGUGGGACAAAAAAAAAGUGAAAAAAAGAAGUUAAAAAAAAAAAAAAGUUUCAA